AACUACUGAAAAUCAAUAGUAUAAUUAAAAAGUUAACUGUGAAGCAACAGAGUUGCCGUCAAAGUUUGUGCACGGUCGAACAUUUGAUGAGGAGAGAAGCAAGAACCAGUAGCAGUAUUAAAUCGAAACCAAGAGCAGCUUAAGGAAUUUAUCUGGAAGCUUUUCAAUAUCAAAAACGAACGAAACACUCAAGAGACUAGAAAAGUAAUAACGAACCGAGCGAAAUGGAGAACUUCACACCCAAGGAGGUGAAGAUCCUCGAGACGGUCGAGGACAUCCAGGAGCGACGUGAGCAGGUGCUGUCCCGCUACAAUGAGUUCAAGAUCGAGACGCGUCAGAAGCGCGAGAAGCUUGAGGACUCGCGCCGCUUCCAGUACUUUAAGCGCGACGCCGACGAGCUGGAGUCGUGGAUCCACGAAAAGCUGCAGGCAGCCAGCGAGGAGAGCUACCGCGAUCCCACCAAUCUGCAGGCCAAGAUCCAGAAGCACCAGGCCUUCGAAGCGGAGGUGUCGGCGCACAGCAACGCCAUCGUAUCGCUUGACAACACCGGCCAGGAGAUGAUCAACCAGCAGCACUUCGCCUCCGAGACGAUCCAGCGUCGUCUUGAUGAGCUGCACCAGCUGUGGGAGCUGCUCCUCAGUCGUCUGGCCGAAAAGGGGUUGAAGCUGCAGCAGGCACUCGUCCUCGUGCAGUUCCUGCGCCAGUGCGAGGAGGUCAUGUUUUGGAUCAAGGACAAGGAAACCUUUGUCACUGCCGACGAGUUCGGUCAGGAUCUUGAGCACGUGGAGGUGCUGCAGCGCAAGUUCGAUGAAUUCCAGAAGGAUAUGGCAUCGCAGGAGUACCGUGUGACAGAGGUUAACCAGCUGGCCGACAAGUUGGUCCAGGACGGCCAUCCUGAGCGCGACACGAUCACCAAGCGCAAGGAGGAGCUAAACGAGGCCUGGCAGAGGCUUAAGCAGCUGGCCAUUGUGCGUCAGGAGAAGCUCUUUGGCGCCCACGAGAUCCAGCGCUUCAACCGUGACGCUGACGAGACGGUGGCCUGGAUUGCCGAGAAGGAUGUGGUGCUGUCUUCCGAUGACUACGGCAGGGACUUGGCCAGCGUGCAGGCCUUGCAGCGCAAGCACGAAGGCGUCGAGCGCGACUUAGCUGCUCUGGAGGAUAAGGUUUCUACCUUGGGAGCUGAGGCCCAGCGACUGUGCUCCAUCCAUGCCGAUCACAGCGACCAGAUCCGCGAGAAGCAGGCAGAGAUCGCUAAUUACUGGCAGAGCCUUACCGCCAAGGCACGCGAGCGCAAGCAGAAGCUGGACGAAUCAUACUACCUGCACCGCUUCCUCGCGGACUUCCGAGAUCUCGUUUCCUGGAUCAAUGGCAUGAAGGCCAUUAUCUCGGCCGAUGAGCUGGCCAAGGAUGUGGCCGGAGCCGAGGCUCUGCUCGAACGCCAUCAGGAGCACAAGGGUGAGAUCGAUGCCCGGGAGGACAGCUUCAAGCUGACCACUGAGUCUGGACAGAAGUUGCUGGAGCGAGAACACUAUGCCGCUGCGGAGAUCCAGGAGAAGCUGGCGGCUCUGGAGAACGACAAGAGCUCGCUGUUGGCUCUGUGGGAGGAUCGACGCAUCCUGUACGAGCAGUGCAUGGAUUUGCAGCUUUUCUACCGCGACACUGAGCAAGCCGACACCUGGAUGGCUAAGCAGGAGGCCUUCCUGGCCAACGAGGACCUCGGUGACUCCCUGGACUCAGUGGAAGCGCUGAUCAAGAAGCACGAGGACUUUGAGAAGAGCCUGGCCGCACAGGAGGAAAAGAUCAAGGCUUUGGACAUCUUUGCCACCAAGCUAAUCGAUGGCCAGCAUUAUGCCGCCGACGAUGUGGCACAGCGUCGUCAGAUGCUGCUCGCUCGCCGUGCUGCCCUUCAGGAGAAAUCUUCGAAGCGCCGUCAGCUGCUGGAGGACUCAAACCGCUACCAGCAGUUCGAGCGGGACUGCGACGAGACGAAGGGCUGGAUCAGCGAGAAACUCAAGUUCGCCACAGACGACAGCUAUUUGGAUCCCACGAACCUGAAUGGCAAGAUGCAGAAGCACCAGAACUUUGAGCACGAACUGAAUGCCAACAAGUCGCGCAUCGAAGACAUCACCAACGUGGGCACCGAGCUGAUCGAGAAGCAGCAUUAUGCAGCCGACCAGAUUAACACUCGCAUGCAGGAAAUCGUCGUACUGUGGGAGACACUUGUCCAGGCCUCGGACAAGAAGGGUACAAAGCUGAAUGAGGCGUGCCAGCAGCAACAGUUCAAUCGCACCAUCGAGGACAUCGAGCUGUGGCUCAGCGAGAUCGAGGGCCAGCUGCUGUCGGAGGAUCAUGGCAAGGAUCUGACCUCUGUGCAGAAUCUGCAGAAGAAGCAUGCUCUGCUGGAGGCCGAUGUGAUGGCCCAUCAGGAUCGCAUUGAGAGUAUCAAGGUGGCGGCCAAUAAGUUCAUCGAGUCGGGUCACUUUGACGCAGACAACAUUCGCAACAAGGAGGGCAACCUCUCCGCCCGCUAUGCCGCUCUCGCCGCACCCAUGGGUGAGAGGAAGCAGCAUCUGUUGGACUCGCUUCAGGUGCAACAGCUCUUCCGUGACUUGGAAGACGAGGCAGCCUGGAUCCGGGAGAAGGAACCGAUUGCUGCAUCCACAAACCGCGGACGCGACUUGAUUGGCGUGCAGAAUCUGAUUAAGAAGCAUCAGGCCGUUCUUGCCGAGAUCAACAACCACGAGGCCCGCCUGCUGAAUGUGAUCAGCUCGGGCGAAAAUAUGCUGAAGGACCAGCCCUUCGCCAGCGACGACAUCCGGCAGCGACUGGAGGCUCUGCAGGAGCAGUGGAACACACUGAAGGACAAGUCCAAUCAGCGCAAGCAGGAUUUGGACGACUCGCUGCAGGCUCACCAGUACUUUGCCGAUGCCAACGAGGCGGAGUCUUGGAUGCGCGAGAAGGAGCCAAUUGCCACCGGCAGCGAUUACGGCAAGGACGAGGAUUCCUCGGAGGCGCUGCUCAAGAAGCAUGAGGCUUUGGUCUCUGAUCUUGAAGCCUUCGGCAACACCAUCCAGGGACUGCAAGAGCAGGCCAAGAACUGCCGUCAACAGGAGACCCCCGUGGUGGACAUCACCGGCAAGGAGUGCGUCGUGGCACUGUACGACUACACCGAGAAGUCGCCGCGCGAGGUGUCCAUGAAAAAGGGAGACGUUCUCACGCUGUUGAACUCGAACAACAAGGACUGGUGGAAGGUUGAGGUCAACGAUCGACAGGGCUUUGUGCCGGCUGCCUACAUCAAGAAGAUCGAGGCCGGACUGAGCGCCUCUCAGCAAAACCUGGUGGACAAUCACUCGAUUGCUAAGCGCCAGAACCAAAUCAAUUCGCAGUACGACAACCUGUUGGCUCUCGCCCGCGAGCGCCAGAACAAACUGAACGAGACCGUUAAGGCGUACGUCUUGGUUCGUGAGGCUGCCGAUCUGGCCCAAUGGAUUCGGGACAAGGAGAACCAUGCGCAGAUCGCAGAUGUGGUCGGCGAGGACCUCGAGGAAGUGGAAGUGCUGCAGAAGAAGUUCGAUGACUUCAAUGACGAUCUGAAGGCCAACGAAGUGCGUCUGGCCAACAUGAACGAAAUCGCCGUGCAGCUGACAUCUCUGGGACAGACUGAAGCCGCUCUAAAGAUCCAGACCCAGAUGCAGGACCUAAACGAGAAGUGGAACAAUCUGCAGACCCUUACCGCCGAGAAGGCCAGCCAGCUGGGUUCUGCCCACGAGGUGCAGCGCUUCCAUCGCGACAUCGAUGAGACCAAGGACUGGAUUGCCGAGAAGGCUAAUGCCCUGAACAACGAUGACCUGGGCAAGGAUUUGCGCAGCGUUCAGACCCUGCAGCGUAAGCACGAGGGCGUGGAACGUGAUCUGGCCGCCCUGCGCGACAAGAUCCGUCAGCUGGAUGAGACCGCCAACAGGCUGAUGCAAUCGCAUCCCGACACCGCCGAGCAGACGUAUGCCAAGCAGAAGGAAAUCAAUGAGAUGUGGGACCAGAUUAUCACCAAAUCGACAGCCCGCAAAGAGAAGCUCCUGGACUCGUACGAUCUGCAGCGCUUCCUGAGCGACUAUCGCGACCUGUUGGCCUGGAUCAACUCGAUGAUGAGCCUGGUCACCUCCGAUGAGCUGGCCAACGAUGUUACCGGUGCUGAGGCUCUGAUUGAACGUCAUCAGGCACAUCGUGCUGAGAUUGAAUUUACACUGGGCAGCAGCUCGGCUCCAGGAGCCACCGCCUCCUCGAGCAGCAGCAUCGCAUCUCCAUCCGGCGACGAGGAACAUCGCACCGAGAUCGAUGCUCGUGCUGGCACCUUCGGGGCCUUCGAGCAGUUCGGCAACGAGCUACUGCAGGCGAACCAUUAUGCCUCGCCCGAAAUCAAGGAGAAGAUCGAGGAUUUGGCAAAGGCACGCGAAGAUUUGGAGAAGGCCUGGACAGAGCGCCGUCUGCAGCUGGAGCAGAAUUUGGAUCUGCAGCUGUACAUGCGUGACUGUGAGUUGGCCGAGUCGUGGAUGUCGGCCCGCGAGGCUUUCCUCAAUGCGGACGACGAUGCCAAUGCUGGAGGCAAUGUGGAGGCGCUGAUCAAGAAGCACGAGGACUUCGACAAGGCUAUCAACGGUCAUGAGCAGAAGAUUGCUGCCCUUCAGACGGUGGCGGACCAGUUAAUCGCACAGAACCAUUAUGCCUCCAACCUGGUGGACGAGAAGCGCAAGCAGGUACUGGAGCGCUGGCGCCACCUCAAGGAGGGUCUGAUUGAAAAGCGCUCAAGGCUGGGCGACGAGCAGACUCUGCAGCAGUUCUCACGCGAUGCCGAUGAGAUCGAGAACUGGAUCGCUGAGAAGCUGCAGCUGGCUACCGAGGAGAGCUACAAGGAUCCGGCCAACAUCCAGUCGAAGCACCAGAAACACCAGGCCUUUGAGGCGGAGCUGGCGGCCAACGCCGAUCGCAUCCAGAGUGUGCUGGCUAUGGGUGGCAAUCUGAUCGACAAGAAGCAGUGCAGCGGAUCGGAGGACGCAGUGCAGAAGCGGCUGACCCAGAUCGCUGAUCAAUGGGAAUAUCUGACGCACAAGACCACCGAGAAGUCGUUGAAGCUCAAGGAGGCCAAUAAGCAGCGCACCUAUAUCGCUGCUGUCAAGGAUUUGGACUUCUGGUUGGGCGAGGUCGAGAGUCUUUUGACCACUGAGGAUUCUGGUAAGGAUUUGGCCUCAGUCCAAAACCUCAUGAAGAAGCAUCAGUUGGUCGAGGCGGAUAUCGUGGCGCACGAAGACCGCAUCAAGGACAUGAACAACCAGGCCGAUUCCUUGGUGGAGAGCGGCCAGUUCGAUACUGCCGGCAUCCAGGAGAAGCGCCAGAGCAUCAACGAGCGCUACGAGCGCAUCUGCAACUUGGCGGCCCAUCGUCAGGCGCGUCUCAAUGAGGCCUUGACCCUGCACCAGUUCUUCCGCGACAUCGCCGAUGAGGAGAGCUGGAUCAAGGAGAAGAAGCUGCUGGUUGGCUCUGACGACUACGGUCGCGAUCUAACUGGCGUCCAGAACCUCAAGAAGAAGCACAAGCGUUUGGAGGCUGAACUGGGCUCCCACGAACCGGCCAUCCAGGCCGUGCAAGAGGCUGGCGAGAAGCUGAUGGACGUCUCCAAUCUGGGCGUGCCCGAGAUCGAACAGCGCUUGAAGGCAUUGAACCAGGCCUGGGCCGAGCUGAAGAACUUAGCUGCUACGCGUGGUCAAAAGCUGGAUGAGUCACUGACCUACCAGCAGUUCCUCGCCCAGGUUGAGGAAGAGGAGGCCUGGAUCACCGAGAAGCAGCAGCUACUGUCCGUCGAGGAUUAUGGUGAUUCGAUGGCCGCGGUUCAGGGUCUGCUAAAGAAGCACGACGCCUUCGAGACGGACUUCACCGCCCACAAGGAUCGUUGCUCGCUGAUCUGCGAUCAGGGCAGCGAGUUGGUGGAGGCCAAGAACCACCACGGUGACUCCAUUGCUCAGCGCUGCCAGCAGCUGCGCCACAAGCUGGACAACCUGUCGGCUCUGGCCGCUCGCCGCAAGGGCGCUCUGUUGGACAACUCGGCUUAUCUGCAGUUCAUGUGGAAGGCCGAUGUGGUUGAAAGCUGGAUCGACGACAAGGAGAACUAUGUGCGCUCUGAUGAGUACGGACGCGACCUGUCCACCGUGCAGACGCUGUUGACCAAGCAGGAGACAUUCGAUGCAGGUCUCAAUGCCUUCGAGCAGGAGGGCAUCCACAACAUUACGGCACUGAAGGACCAACUCAUUAACGCCAGCCACGCUCAGUCGCCGGCAAUUCUGAAGCGUCACGGAGACGUUAUUGCCAGGUGGCAGAAGCUACGCGACGCCUCCGAUACGCGCAAGCAGCGACUGCUGGCCAUGCAGGAGCAGUUCCGCCAGAUCGAGGAACUCUACUUGACAUUUGCCAAGAAAGCUUCGGCCUUCAAUUCUUGGUUCGAAAAUGCCGAGGAGGAUCUGACCGAUCCUGUUCGCUGCAAUUCGAUCGAAGAAAUCCGCGCCCUGCGCGACGCCCACGCCCAAUUCCAGGCGUCACUGUCGUCGGCCGAAGCUGACUUCAAGGCAUUGGCAGCACUCGACCAGAAGAUCAAGAGCUUUAAUGUUGGACCCAACCCCUACACGUGGUUCACCAUGGAAGCUCUUGAGGAGACCUGGCGUAACCUGCAAAAGAUCAUAGAGGAACGCGAUGGGGAACUUGCCAAGGAGGCUAAGCGCCAGGAGGAGAACGACAAGCUACGCAAGGAAUUUGCCAAGCAUGCCAAUCUCUUCCACCAGUGGCUGACAGAGACUAGAUAUUAUAUGCUGGGUUAUAACCGUCAAGGAACGUCCAUGAUGGAAGGCUCCGGUUCCCUCGAACAGCAACUGGAGGCGCUUCGCGUCAAGGCCACCGAGGUGCGCGCCCGUCGUGUCGAUCUGAAGAAGAUCGAGGAGCUGGGCGCCCUUCUAGAGGAACAUCUGAUCCUGGACAAUCGCUACACGGAACACUCGACGGUGGGCUUGGCCCAGCAGUGGGAUCAGCUAGAUCAGCUUUCCAUGCGCAUGCAGCACAAUUUGGAGCAGCAAAUCCAGGCACGCAACCACUCGGGCGUCUCCGAGGACUCGCUCAAGGAGUUCUCGAUGAUGUUCAAGCACUUCGACAAGGACAAGAGCGGCAAGCUCAACCACCAGGAGUUCAAAUCCUGUCUGCGCGCUCUCGGCUACGAUCUGCCCAUGGUUGAGGAGGGCCAGCCCGAUCCAGAGUUCGAGGCCAUACUCGAUGUGGUGGACAAUACCCGCGACGGCUAUGUCUCCCUGCAGGAAUACAUUGCGUUCAUGAUCUCCAAGGAGACGGAAAACGUGCAAUCCUACGAGGAAAUCGAGAAUGCCUUCCGCGCCAUCACUGCCGCCGACCGCCCCUACGUCACCAAGGAGGAGCUCUACUGCAACCUCACCAAAGACAUGGCGGAUUAUUGUGUGCAGCGUAUGAAACCCUUCCAGGAACCGCGAUCAGGCCAGCCCAUCAAGGAUGCCCUGGACUACAUCGACUUUACGCGAACGCUAUUCCAGAAUUAGAGAACCAGCCUGCCUGCCGUCUGGUCUUGUUCAGUGGCGCCUGAGCAUAUGUCUUACAAUCUAAAUCUAUUUCUAAAACAAACAAAAAAAUAUAUAUUUACAUGAUUAUUUUCGAUAAUUUAGUCUCUAAGUCAAAACAGUUUAUUGCUUAUUUAAGAACCUAUGCCACAAUGAACCUAAAAUCAAACAAUAGCACCGCACAUUGCAAUACAUAUUUAUCAAAAUGACUAUAAAUCAUUUGUAGUUUUUUGCAUUUAUUUACUCUACACAUAGCCCCGAGAAGAAAGUAUCUUAAAUUUCAGUUUUUGCUUCAGGUCGUCGCCGGAAAAAGUAUUUAAUCGAGGAUAUAAUCAACGCCUGCAAAGAGCGAAAAUAUAAAGCUUAGCUUCCAGUAUAAUCGAGCAAAAACUCAAACAAAGUUUCCAUAUUGAAUGUUCGUGUAACCUUGUAACUUGAGCACCGAAAUAUAAUUGAAAUAUCAAGAAAUUUAAGAUACUAUUGCUGCUUACUCACGAAAUUACAAAAUAUCCACCAUUCAGUCUUGUGUUUUCUUUAGUUUCUACAUGUUUUAGAAACGAAAGUAGUAAACUUUUUCAUAAAAGCAACAAAAAAUAUUAGUAAGAAAAAGAAAACAAUAAAUAUUUGCCUCUGUAUUGACCGUAUAUUUACAAUCGAUGAAUUUGCAAAAAUAAAUAUUGCUGCAUGUCUACAAAUGUUA